UUCAUUCAGAGAAGCCAUGCCAAGAGAACAGGCUGUACUUUAAGUGUGUCAAACUGGCACCUAUCUCCACAACUGCUUACACAAGCGGCAUCAUUUCGAUAUGACUACUUGGGCUCUGAUACGAGGGAACCGCAUGUCCUUUUGAAAUCACAGGAAUAUGUGCCACAGAGCAUGGGAGAUUGGAAGUUGUUGGGCAGUAUCUUGGAGGAGGUUUACAUGCACUCAACCAUAGUGGGCAAAAUCUGGCUGACCAUCCUGUUCAUUUUUCGGAUGCUUGUUCUUGGUGUUGCAGCUGAGGACGUCUGGGAAGAUGAGCAAAGGGAGUUUGUUUGCAACACAGAGCAGCCCGGAUGCAGAAACUCCUGCUAUGAUCAGGCAUUUCCGAUUUCCCUCAUUCGGUACUGGGUGCUUCAGAUCAUUUCUGUGUCCUCGCCUUCUCUCUUGUACAUGGGCCACGCACUAUACUAUCUAAGGGUCCUUGAGAAGGAGAACAGGAAGAAGAAGGUUCAGAUGAUGGUGGAAAUGGAGGAGAUAUGUCCAAUUCUGCUUGGCCACAAUAGGAUUGAAAAGAAGUUGAGAAUGUUAGAGGAACAAAGAAAGGUAGCUAAGGCUCCUCUUAGGGGGUCGCUCUUGGGCACAUAUGUUUUCCAUAUCUUAAUGAGAUCUGUGGUAGAGGUGGGCUUUAUAGUAGGGCAAUACAUCUUGUAUGGUGUUGGACUGGAACCCCUGUACAAGUGCAGGAGAAUACCCUGCCCAAACAGCGUGGACUGCUUUGUCUCCAGACCAACGGAGAAAACCAUUUUCAUGGCCUUUAUGACAGUCAUUGCCAGCGUUUCUCUCUUCCUGAACCUUCUGGAAGUAUCUUAUCUGGGAGUAAAAAUCAUCAGGAGGAGCUUUUAUGAGGAGAAACGCAGACUUCACGAUUAUGACUAUAAGGGCAAGAGAAGCCAGGAAGGUCGAAUUAAACCUGCAACAGUGAGCUCGUUAGCGUGUGAAAAUGAGCCAUUAAUUCAUAAGACUCUCGGCUGUGUGCCGGCUGAGCACAGGAACCAUCACCUGGCACCCAGUCCUUCAGCUGUCCUUCAGGAGACUGACAAAGAGUCGCGGUAUAACGGUAAAGCCCGUGGCACCAUUCAGUCCGAAAGCAUGCAUCAGCAUCCAAGAGACCCGCGCCAGACCAUCCAGGAGGAUACGCAUGUUCCUUUUCUCCAAAGUGCAGAGCAGGGUCAUGCUGCUUUGGAUAGCUCUGAUCAGUCAUGCAGCGACGAGAACACGAGGUCCAGGAACACUGAUCUUCAGCGAUACAGCCGACCACACCCUAGAGCGACGUUCCACGCUGCUCACAGAGAGGUAUCACCCUAUGCUCGUAAUAUUCCUCACAAGCAGAACUGGACGAGAUGUUCCAGAGGCCCUGGGGACGCGCGGUAUGCUCUCCAGGGUGACGUCAUGUUCCUGUCUACGAGGAAGAGUGGCUCUUUGUGCCUGGUGCCGUCAGGGAACAGGCCAAUGCAGCGAUCUGGCAGUCCACGCUCAAGGAGCAGCUUGGGAUCGGAUUUCAAACUGUUUUCAAAAAGAGACAGUCCAUCCACCGUGCUGAGCAGGCUGAGCCUGCCCACUGCAAGCAGAGCCAAACAACAGGCAGCCUCAGAUCUUGUUGUGUAGGACAAAUGCUGCAAAUUAUUCAUAGAUAUAAAAUAGCCAGUUCAUGACCUUAACUUAGGGGGUAGGGAAAAAUGGUUUCUU